AUGGCUUCUGAUAAGAUUACCUUCCUUUUCAACUGGCAUGCCAUUCCCUACCAUGCACCAGUUUUUCUUGCUCAGUCAAAGGGCUUCUUUGCCGAAGAAGGCAUCAAGGUCGCUCUUCUCGAGCCCAAUGACCCAUCCGACGUGACGGAAAUCAUUGGCAGCGGCAAAGCUGACAUGGGCCUCAAAGCUAUGAUCCAUACCAUCGCUGCCAAAGCUCGCGGGUUCCCAGUGACCAGCAUCGGCACCUUGAUGGAUGAGCCCUUCACUGGUGUCAUUUACUUGGAAGGCUCUGGCAUCACGUCCGAUUUCCGCAGUCUUAAGGGCAAGCGAAUUGGAUAUGUUGGAGAAUUUGGCAAGAUUCAGAUUGAUGAGCUCACUCGUCACUUUGGCAUGACGCCAAAUGACUAUGAGGCGGUUCGUGUUGGCAUGUCUGCCACCGAGGCUAUUCAAACCGGUCGUGUUCAUGCAGCCAUUGGUCUUGAGAAUGUGCAGAUGGUCGAGUUGGAAGAGUGGUGCAAGACACAGGGACGACCCACUACGGAUGUCAAGAUGUUGCGUAUCGAUGAGCUCGCCGAGCUGGGCUGCUGCUGUUUUUGCACGAUCCUCUUUAUCGGAAAUGAUGAAUUCAUCCAACGAGAGCCAGCCAAGGUUCGCGCAUUUAUGCGUGCCGUCAAAAAAGCUUCCGACUUCUUGCAUGUCAACCCCAGACAGGCUUGGGAAGAAUUCAAGGCUUACAAAAAAAUCAUGGACACGCCCGUGAAUGCCAAGAUUUUUGAGCGAUCCUUUGCCUAUAUGAGUAAGGAUUGUGCAAAUGUUCCUCGCGACUGGGCCAAGGUGACGAAGUACUCAAAGCGACUUGGUAUUGUCGCGCCGGACUUUGAGCCCAAUGCGACGAACAGCUUCCUUUCAUGGCAGCCCGAUGCAGACGUCACUGAUCCCGAAGCCAAGCAAAAAGAGAUUGCCGCCUAUCAACGCAAAGUUGCUGAAGAAGGUGGAAUCUUGUCGGUCCCUGUGGCCGCUCUCGCCGCUUGA